UAUUUUGAAAUGACCAACCGGAAGCCAGCCUGUUCCCGCCACAGUCAGCUUCACGCAGCUCCACUAGUUCUCCGGACUAACUAACUAACCAACCCAUCAGCCGACCGAGUCUACACAAAGAGACAUGGGACUGCGGAGUCACCGAGAGGAGGAAACUCUUCUCAACGGCCAAACGCAGCAACUCUAACCGUCCUGAAAAAGGAAACCUUCAUCUUUUUUCCCCCUCCACCUGUUUUUUGAUACUUUUUUUCCACUACAGGACCGGAAGAGAGAGGGAGACGUUAAAUGACAUCCGUGUGUUUCUGAUACAAAUUAAAGUGCCACACCUUCAUCUAAGACGACAGCACAACAACACAUCUGGCCAAAUGGGGUGCCAAUGCUGCCGGAUGGUAAAAAGCUACAUCUACGACCCAUCGACGGCGUCGGAUGUGCACAAAACCGACUCUGCAGGCAGCUCCCUCUACCAGGCGCAACACCACCGGGGCGGAGACCCACAGGGGGACCACAGCGAACAGAAGCAGGGCUUCCAUAACCUGGGCUACAGCAAGUCCAACGACAGCACGCUCAAGCUAGAGUUUGACAACAACCAGGUCAACCAAAGGCUGCACUCCGCGCCGUCACUCGCCAACGAGCUGCAACACCACGCAAGGGCACCCCCUACAGACGGGGGGCUUUACAUCAUUCAGCCAGAGGUCGUAGGGUCAGGAUGGAUGGACAUCGAUGCGAGCCAGGUGCCUAUUUACCCCAACAUACAGCAGUACGAGAGCCACCGGAGCUACGAAGCUACGACCAAAGGCUGGGACAGCGCCAUCACCACCUGCGACAUCGCAGGUAGGAGCUCGUCGUUUGACGAGAUCGACGAAGGCGUAGGAGGGACACCAGAGCACCUCUGGGACACUGGGGACGAGGGGAGCGUUUUGUCCGUGGACAUCCACACCAGCACCGCCAGUUUAUCUUCAGGCGGCACGAGGGACGACCUCACGCUGCCAAAGACGCUGGACAAUUCCACAGAGGAGAGCGGCAUCUCAGUGACCAAGAGCGAGGACGGAGAGGAGGAGGCGAAAGAACAGGCGGAGGUGCAGAGCGUCACAGACUCAAUGGUGGCGGAGGCUCUGGCCGCUUUGGAGGCCGCCACCGCUGGCGAGGACUCCGACUGAAUCCUGACAGCAACCUGACUAUCAGAACCGCCACGAACCUUUGCCAAAGUUCUGCAACAAUCAAACUCUUAUCUAUGAAUAUGCAACCAAUGAAGGAAAGCUCUGUUUGAAAGAAAAACAGAUUUAGUUUGAAGCUAUGGACAAUUUUCACUGUGACGAAAUAAAUAAACGCCUUAUGAAGGAAUCUUCAUUUUCAGAUCUGCAAAUAAAGAA